UUUUCAGAAACCAUGUGUCUAGUCGCGAAGUAAGCCGCGGGGAUAUUCGGGAGGUUUUAAAUGUAAAAACUGGACCUUGCUCGACUGCAGGCACUAGUUACCAACUUUAAACCAGUCUAACAGAUUUUCUCUGGUGUAGUAUUGACGAUGGUAUCACUUAUUAUUAGAUUAUUUGUAAAGAGUCGGCCAUCUUCCUUGUGAAUAAACAAUCUUUGCUGAGAACGUUAAACCCCCACGGUAAACAAAUAUUUUACGUCCUCUAGUUAAACGUCAAGCUGGUAAAUUAACCCUGUCUGAUAUUUCCUCCUGACUUUUUUUUGCCAAACCGGUGAAGAAGACAUUUAUCAGUACAUCUGGGGACAUUCUUGCUUAAGCCUAAAUUGUUGCUCGUAGAGGCUUUUGCUAAUGCUAGUUCGCUGGCUACCUAGCUAGCUAGCUAAACCGGUUAAAACUAGCUACGUGUUUUGGGCAAUAAAUUAACAGACGCAGGUAUUUAAAUAAUGUCUGGACCAAAUGGAGAUCCCAACAUCUCUAUUGACGAUGGUAUCAUCAACGACGAAGAUGAGUUCGGCGAAGAAGAGUAUGAAUCCAUCAACUCCAUGUUAGAUCAGAUCAACUCCUAUCUUGAUGACCUGGAGGAGCGGAACGACGCACUAAACGGCAAACUGCACGAACUGAUGGAGUCCAACCGACAAGCCCGGCUGGAGUUCAGGGCCCAGCUGCUCGGCUCUCCCAACCCGGAGGAGCCCCAUCCUGCAGACACGGACUCCUCCUCACCCAGCACAGAAGAUCUGGAUGACGACACCGGGGGCUCGCAAAUGAGUGACAAGAGCAGUUAGAGAAAGAGGAUUGAGUUCAGCAAAAUGCAGAUAGAAAUAUUUCUGAGGGUUGACUCGAGUCCUAACCUCUGUCUGUUGGACUAGUGACCCUUGAUCCGCAUAGUCCCUUUCUGUGUGAUUCUUAUGUGAAUUUGCACCCCCAUCAGCAGACGUAUGUACGACAACGAUGUUUUUCAUCUCCUCUGUCACUGAACUCAAUCAAGUUUUUCUCCUUUUGUUGAACUGUGGUGUGCUGGUGUUUGGUUCCUGAGAAGAUUGAAGUUCAUUGACCUCACGCAGCUUAUCAAAGACGUUGGACAUCACAGUUACUUAGCACUUUGUUACCAACUUGCUUUGCAGUGUUGCUAUGUAAAAGGCUGUAUCUCCCUCUGCAGUUUCAUUGAGGUCCAUGUGGGACAUAAUUACAAAUCCUAAAGCAAGGAACACACUAGUGGAUUUAUAAGAAGGUAAUUAAAGAGACUCGGCAUCAAUUAUAUUAAUUAAAGGAGGCAAGAGAUUUGAAUUUGUAACUCCACACGCAAUAAUGUGCUGAUGUCUGUGGUGAUCAGCACUGAUGUAUGUUAUGCAGAUCAGUACAAACUCUCCAUGAGCUUGAGUUAGUCCUCAUGGUCAAACAUCAAAAUAACAUUAUAGCAUGUUUCUGGUUUUACCCAGAAUCCAUUUGAUGUUGACAUCAGCUUUGUAAUAGCUGCAUUCUCUGUAAUUACUGUAUGUAUCCCAAGAAGUAAAUAUGCCACAUUCCA